GGGGGGGGGGGGAGAGAAUGGGUGAUGGAGGGUAAAGGGGAGGGGGAGGAAAGAGAAAGGGAGACGGAUGACAGGCUUGUUACAUAGUGUCAGGAGUGUCAGGUAGCUGGUUGCUCUCCUUGCUCCGAUAAACAGAGAAAGGCUAAAUAGCAAUAUUGGAAGUCAGCAGAAUGUAACGUCACUUAUGGGCUCGGUUUUGACUUUUGCACUGCAGUCAGACCGAACUAGCCGGUAUCCCGGGCGGGGGACACCGGGGGACACUCCUAGCGCAUAGUGUGUCUGCCGACUGCUUAUUAGCUCCGCAAGAUGGAGGCCCACACUUCCAGUCGGCAGCUGUCCAGGAAGAGGAGGAGAGAGGGUUCGAACGGGGAGGCCGAGGAGAGAGACAGAGCUGUUAAAGUCCCAAGAUGCACUGUGGGGUUGAAGCUUCCUGCUCCGUUUGCUGAUGAGCUGGAGCCGGCAGACUGUAAGCCGUACCAGAGAGUCAGCAUGGAGGAGGCCAAGAGAGGCACCCCACCUGAUAGGCCGGUGAGGGUGUACGCAGACGGCAUCUUCGAUGUGUUCCACUCCGGCCACGCCCGUGCCCUCAUGCAGGCCAAGGGCCUGUUCCCCAACACACACCUCAUCGUAGGAGUGUGUAGUGACGACCUGACACACCAGUUUAAGGGCUUCACGGUCAUGAAUGAGGACGAACGCUAUGAUGCUGUUAGCCACUGUCGCUACAUCGACGAGGUGGUGAGGAACGCCCCCUGGACGCUCUCCCCAGAGUUCCUGGCCAAGCACCGGAUCGACUUUGUUGCCCAUGACGACAUUCCAUACUCCUCAGCGGGAAGUGACGACGUUUACAAGCACAUCAAAGAGGCGGGCAUGUUCGCUCCCACCCAGAGGACAGAGGGCAUCUCCACCUCUGACAUCAUCACACGGAUCGUACGAGACUACGAUGUGUACGUGAGACGCAACCUGCAGCGUGGGUACACCGCCAAGGAGCUGAACGUCAGCUUCAUCAACGAGAAGAAGUACCACCUGCAGGAGCGCGUGGACAAGGUGAAGAGGAAGGUGAAAGAUGUUGAGGAGAAGAGCAAGGAGUUUGUCCAGAAGGUGGAGGAGAAGAGCAUCGACCUCAUUCAGAAGUGGGAGGAGAAAUCACGGGAGUUCAUCGGCAACUUCCUGCAGAUGUUUGGUCCGGAGGGGGCGCUGAAACACAUGUUGAAGGAGGGUCGAGGCCGUAUGCUCCAGGCCAUCAGCCCCAGGCAGAGCCCAAACAGCAGCCCCACCAGGGAGGAGCGCUCCCCCUCCCCCUCCUUCCGCCUCCCCUUCUUCACCAAGACCUCCCCCCCUCCCUCCCCCCACGUCGCCCGUGGUUACCCCAUCAGCGAGGAUGACGAUGACGAGGACGAAGAUUAAAGAGGGAGGGGCUCCUCUCUCUGUCCUAGCCCUCUGUUGCCGGUAGCAACGCCAUAGAUCCUCCAAUCGCAAGCCAGUUUGUUGGAUUAUGCCUGUAGAGCUCGUCCAAUCAUGGGCCAGUUGUUUGUUAAUAGUGUUCCCCUGAUCGCUUUUUGUUGUUCCGUUGUUACCACAGCAACCAGAGCCAGUCGCUUCACAUGGAUCGCCCUUGAUUUUAGUUUGUUUUUUAGUUACGCUUUAUUUUUUUGUAUGUUUAUUUUAACCACUUGUUAAGUUGGGGGGGGGUUUGGGAUUUCACUUCCUGUGUUACUUUCUCACUUCCUACAUGUUACUUCCUCAUUCACACCUGUAUGUGAUGAUCUCACUCACUUCCUGUUAGGUUCUCUGUCACCCAGAUGUGUGAUGAUGUUGUAGAGACUUGUUGAAGCAGGGGAUUGUGGGAUAUGCUGUCUGAGCUCCAGACCCACCCUGGAGGACCACAGCAGCUGUCCAGGGUGGGUGUGUGUGUGUUCGUCCACACGCAUGUGUUUGUGAGUGUGUGUGCAUGCAUGCCUCUGGAGAGACUGUCUAACAGAAGGAGAGACUAACAGGGGGAGAGACUGUCUAAGAGAAGGAGGAGACUGUCUAAGAGGAAGGUUCUCCUGAACCAGAGUCUGUCUGGGUUCAGGGUGCUACAGCUGGGGAGAGAAAGCGAAUGUGUGUGUAUAUAUCUGUAUGAUUUUAACAAAAUAGUUAAUCUCCGAUCGCCUCCUACUAGCCCCUCCUCCCUAUGCACUGUGGAGAUCUGAUAGGACGACAAAUUCUAGGAAGAAUAUUAAAGAUGGUAUCAGACGUUCACGGGGGCAAAUCACGGUUGCUAAAGGACAUGCUAGGCUGAGGGCAUGGCUUGUCUGUCACCAUGGGGCUGUGUUCCUCAGGCAGGGGAGAUUCUUCUUUUAAAGCCGGUAAUCUUGUAACCAUAACGGAUGGGAUUCCAUCCGUUUUUAAAUCUCACUGGUCUGAUGUUAUGGAACAUCUGAUCAGUUCUUCUGACUUGUGGGAGUUCCAACGGUCUGGAUCCAGAAGGAGGACGUCCUGGAGCCUGAAUGUUCAGGCCAGACGAAUGAUGCAAGAAAAAAGAACAAAAAACACAAAUGCAACAAAAAAUAAAGAUGUUAAUUACA